AUGGAUGCCCCUUCACGGAGUGCCGGCUCAUCAAAGAUCCGGUACCACGGAACUUCCCCCACCAACACGCGUGAUUGGGAUUAUAUAGAGCGUCCGGAGCGCCCCGAGCGUGUUGAGCGUCUCGAGCGUUUAGAGCGUUUGGAACGUCUUGAGCGUCUAGAACGUUUAGAGCGUCUGGAGCGUUCGGAUCGUUCGGAGCGUCUGGAACGACCCGAACGCCUGGAACGUGCGGAGCGCCUCGAGCGCACCAUGUGGCUCUCUCCUCCUAUGAAUGUGGAUCCACCGUUGCCGCCAAACGCACUACAAAAUGUGCGCGAGGCACAGAGCCGGAUGUAUCAAGAAAGCCCGCCGACAUCGUCGAUGCAUCUUGACUCGGAAGAAAAUGACCCCGGUAGUUUAGAUGAAGAUCUCGAUGAAGAUGAGUCCGUUACGUCAAGUAUGUUGGAUGAUGAUAGCGUGCGCCUGGUUCCUCGACGAUCGCCGCCGAGCGUAUCUGAGAUCCACCGGUUGCCGAAUCCUACCCCACCCAUGUUCGAUAAUAUUCGGCGACUUCCGCCAGUCUCACCACCGCCACAGUCUUCUCCUCGCUCACAAUCACGCACCGGCAUGCCGCCGCUUCCUCGUGAUGCUGCCUUGCAUGUUGCUAUGGCGAAGGAGCGAGUGGCGCGCUCAACAACGCCUACACGUCGUACGCCUGAGUUUGUGGACGAUGAGCUGCCGCCGCCGUAUGAACGGCCAUCGCGCGCGAGUCACUCGUCGGUUCGGCGGAUGCGCCCGUCAAAUACACCUUCUUACACACACUCGCACUCGCACUCGCGCUCUCAUUCCCACUCCAGCUUGAACCAUACACCUGACAGUUACGACUUUAUGGACCACGAGCCUCCGGCGCUGCGCCGCACGGUGUCGACGGUGACGAUCGUGCGGAAGACGUCAUCUAAGCCUGAUAUCGACAAGAUUCCAUCGAUUCCGCCACCACGCCCAAAACCCAAUGUGUACGUACCGCCUGAACGUGAGUCAGAGCCCCCAACACCUACGAUGGAUGAUUGGUCCACGACAUUUGACUCGUUGGAUGCGUUUGAGCCGGGUUCGUUGGACUUGUUUGGCGAGAUGAAGCGUCCGUCGCGUGCGCCUUCUUCAACAGCGAAUCGUCGCGAGCCUGAUGAGCCAUCCACACCAGCGUCCCAGGAUGAUGAGUCGAUCGAGUCUGCGUUUGAGGCACCUUUGAAGACUCUCCCUGCACCGAAGGAGCCUAACAAGUCGUCCAUCCGACUGGUCUCGCGCAACUCGAUCGAAUCCGUUCCCCUAUCACCUUCGUCCAGUGCAACACGCAGUACUAUAAUCCGCUCACCCGCAUCACCUGCUUCAUCUUUUCCCGUGUCCCGGGACUCAAGUCGAUGGUCGGAGAAUUCUCCCAUGAUCAAUCGCUCGUCAGGACUCCCGGAUGCAACACCACGAGAUUGGCGUUCAUCCCACGCGUUCAGCCCGCCAUCAGCACAUAUGCCACCAUCGACGCCUGGAGCCAAGUCGUCUCAGCAGGCCGCUUCCUAUAAGAUGUCUUCAUCAGCUCUAGCUGCUUCAUCAUCGCCCCCGCCUAUGCCACCCACUUCCCCAUUCCACCACGCCACGCCGAAAUCCACUGCUACAUCUUCAUCACAAACCCCUGGCCCUGGCUCGCUGGCCCCAAGAUCCCAAGGUGCACCCACAUCAGCGCCUGCAAAUACCUCACAGGGUCCAAGUGACUCCUCUUCCACAACCUCAGCAUCGUCGCGCCGAGGACGCAGUCAGCCUGCCGCUGUCGCAUCCUCGGAGCCGCCAGCCUCACAUGCGCGUAUGAAUCCAGCCCCUAAUGCAACAACGUCUCCUGCGCCAUCUGCGCCUGGAUUCGGACAUGGUCCCUCAUCGGUUUACGCGGCCACGACCAUGUCCCCUGGACCCUCGACACUGUCGUCGAUGCCAUCUGACCCUGCCCCGCGCAACUCCUCCGUUUCUAUGGCAGCCGCACCUGCAGGUGGGCUGCGCAAGUUCUCAGACUCGACGUUGCCCGGCACGUCAACCGCCAUGACCUCGCCUGCUGUGGCUUCGCAUGUCUCUUCACCGUCAACGGCGGCCUCGUUUCCCAUGGCCUCUUCGAGAGGAGCGGCGCCUGCUGUGGCAUCGCCGCCAUCGCCCAUCGUCUAUGAGCAGGUGCCUCGAUCAGGUUCAUACUUGUCACUGAUGGAGAGAGUGAAGCUUGCCAGCAGCAUCAACGCAUCUGCUCGCGAGAUACCUUCACACCACCCACCGACGUCGCCACCUGGUUGGAACAGAGUUGUGGACGAAAUGUACGGACGUUCGACAGGGCCCGCUGCGCAUGCGUAUGAAACCAGUUUGUCGCAAGACCGAGUGAGUGGCUUAGACAAAGGCGCGAAUAUGGACGACUUGGAUGACCAGGCAUCAGUGACGUCGCCUACAACAGAGUCAGAAGCGCCAACUCUGCCAUCCAAAGAUUCCAUGUGGUUAGUUGAUUCCCCAUCUUCACAGCCUGAGCGUUCGUCGAUACCGACGCCCCCUUUGUCACAGACGCAGCAGCCUCAGGGACACACGCCUGUGCUCGCGAGGCAUGGUUUGCAAACUCCACCGCGAAGAUCGUCACCGACAACGGUAACUGCACCACAGGUGCCGUCUCACCCUGCCACGGAUGCCGGGCCUGGGCAUCUCAUCGCGCGAACAAUGUCAGAUCGCACAAUCCCCCAACAUGCGCCAAAGAUGCCGUCUCAUACCUCGACAAACGAUGUGCUAGCGACCCCACCUAGGCCGACACAUGCAUCUAUGACACAUCCAGCGUCGGCCACACCUCCGAGACCGACCGUACGUCAUGCAUCAGAGACGUCACCGCGGACGACGAAGGAUCAGUUUUCUGCGACUCCGUCUAGGACACUACAAUCGCAUUCGCCAACACAGGCACAGGGGCCAGCCGCAGACACGUCGACAAUGUCACAGGACCAGGUGUCUGAGCCUGUAGACGCGCGAAGGAAGUAUCAAGGCUCUGCAACUCCACCACCGAGACGUACGUCAUUCCCAAGGACUGCGGAUGUGUCUGGCACACCGCCAAGGUCAAAGGACGAUGGACAUGAUAUGUCAUCGCCACAGACGAGGCAUCGUCUAUCGUCGAGCUCGUCCCGAACCGCGACAGCGGCGCGAACAGAGAUGCCGCCGCCAACAUCGACAAGGCCGGCAUCUCACUAUCCCCAUGACAGACGAGAGCAUGGAUCCAAGACGCCCACUAGGUCGACAUCAAAUCAUCCUACCACACAUAUGGCAUCACCACGACGUGCUCUUAACGCUGAACCCGCCUCCGCGGCACAAAGCAUAACCAAGCGCUCACCCGACAUGCCUACAUCGUCCGUAUCACACCAUGGGCGUGUCACCCCCAAAGCCCAGAGCACUCAAAUACCCUCGACAACGACUUCUUCGCUUGCAGACUCUUCAGCUGACAAAGCUCGGCGCACGUUUGUUCACGAGCCAUCGUAUGGAGUGCCGAGCUCGAGGGUGGAGCGUCAGUCCACGCCUGGACAGGCGUCACGGCCUUCCGACAGGCCGGAGGCCCCCGCGCCUCGAGAGCCGUCAUCGCGUGUGUACGCAUAUGAAGACCAUGAGCGCAACGAAUCGGAUGCUAAGGGUUCGCACGAAGAUACAGUUGAUGAUGCGGACGAAGACGUGGAUCGAGAAGUGGACGAAGAUUUGCCUGAAGACGAGCUCGAUCGAGAGGCACAAGACGAUGAGAUCGAAGAGGGUGAGCUUGAAGAGGACUUGGACGAUGAGAUGGAGGACGAAGUCGAACAAGGUCUUGACGAAGGCUCAGACCAGGACUUGGACAACGAACCAGACGACGAAAGCGAGUCGGAGCUCACGCAAGACGAUACGUAUGCAUUCGAGCGUACGGGCGAAUUCGCUCGUGAGCCGUCUCGUGAAUCACACGAUCAAGAAGGCUCAGCUAGCCACGAGGCUCCGCGUACGCAGGCCAUGGAACCACCAACAGAGGCAUUUGAACGAAUGCAAUUGGCGAAGAGCCACGGUGCUAGACGCACCGCUGAACGUACACGAGUCGAACCGCCAAGCGCUGCGUCAACAGCAAAGGAGCGACAGGAGCCCGAGCGGCCGGCUGAAAAGGAAGGACCUCGGUCUGUGCUGCGGCCAACGGAGCGCGUGCCAUCCAUACGUGAGCCGUCCCCUGAGCAGGUGUCUCCAUCGCCGAAGAAGCAAGAGCGACCUACAUCGAAUCCAUUUCGACAAUUGCGCUCACUUCGCGAUCACGGUCACACUCCUGACACUGAAUCAUCGUCGUCGUACACGCGAAACAGUGCAGGCACUAUGACGGGCACGGAAGUGCCUGCGAACGCAACUAGUGGCUCUGGCCCGGGUGCUUCAGCAACGUCCAUGCCGGAUCCGCCACCGACGCGGGAGAUGCGGGUGCAGACACCCGUGCAAGAGAAGCGCUUCAGUGCGGCGAUGAUGACUCAGACGCCCAUGUCAGAGGCGCAGAUGUCGGCGGUCACCGCAAUUCAAAGCCCUGCACAGGAAAACCCGGCGUCACGAAGUGUCACGCACACAAAUGAGCCUCCUGCGCAACAAAGUACGCAGGAAGAUGAUGACCUUUGGGACGACCACAUGUACAUGAACAUGCCGGGGCAACUGCCGUUGAAUGAAGGGGACGACGUGUCGUCAGACAAUGAGCUCAAAGCUCCAGCGCCGAAUGACAGUGAAGCUGUGUCUCCGGCCUGGGUGGGGGCCAUGCUGGAUGACUCGAUGCAGGAUGAUGUCACUCCAGAGCCAUCGCCAAGGAUCGAUAGCGGCGGCGACCUCGAACCGAGAUUGCCGGAGUUUUCCAUGCCUGGUCAAUCGCCCUCUAUGCCGCAGACACAGUUGCAUGCGGACCACCAGCCUUACGAACGAGCUGGGCCAUCGCAGCUGCAAUCGCAGUCGCGGUCGCAGCACCAACACCAACACCAGCCACAACCAGCAUCUCAACCGGCAUCCCCUCCGUGGCAGUCUUCGUCACCAGAGCGAUCGUCUUCUCAGAUGCCACAACCUUCUCCACCGCAGCCUCUGCCUCCAUCACAGUCUCAUCAGGCCAAGUCACCUAGCGGCUUUGCGACCAGUGACCCUAUUCCCAUAUCGCGGCCCACCGCGAAGGGCAAAUCUCCGGAGCUCUCUAUACCUAUCCCGACAUCGCCUACGCCGAUGCCGUGGACCUCGCUUUCACAUGGCCAGCUGAGUCCACCUAUCACGCAAAUCGCUGGCUCUCCAUUGCUUGGCAUGUUGGGCACGCCCACCAAUGCACACCACACACUCGCCAUGUCGCCGACGUCUCCACCUCCCUUCACAUCAUGGCUCCCUGAGUCGCCCACGGCUGCUCCCGUACGAACACAAGAUUACAGUUCUGUGCAAGGUGCUUCUCCCUCCCUCAAAGUUGUCUAUGGCCAUGGAGGUGCGUCCACAUAUAGCUUUGGACCAAGUCCAAGCCGUGCACCAAGCACGAGUCUUGGCCCCAUGGCGAGUCCUGCUUCAGCCCCAGCCUGGACAUCUACACCUAGCACGUCCAAGCGCACAUGGACGGAACCACGUUCUGUGCAUGUCAUUGACCCCCCCACGAAGCCAGUCGGAUCUCCUCAUGCCAUGCUCGGCACGCCAUCAUCCAACAUGAAGGCACGUGAGUCGCCAGACGUGGUAAUUGAGACGCCGCCUCUCAAGAUGCCCGAGUCGCCACUGCGUUCCAAGCCGACAAUCACUCGCAAGACGUCCUUGUCGCCCAGCAGCAGCAAGCGAAAUGCGUCUUUGCCAAUGUCCAGCGACCAGGCAGGAGUCCCCGCGUCCCCGUCGAGGAUGCCAGGCUCGUCUCGUAUCACGAAUGGAUCUCCGAUGCGUCCAGGCGUCACGGCACAGCAUCCAUUGAUUUUGGUCCCUGGUGGCGCCGAGUCAAGUACGCCGCCUCUGUCACAAACACAGUCACCAGCCCCUGCCCCCGCUCCUGCACCAUUACCAGCGACUCGGCACUAUCACUCGCCAUCAGAGGGCCAAGUUCCACCGUCUGGACCUGUGCACCCUCCAGGGCCGAAGCGGCCAAGUUCACCGAGCCAAUACCCAGGUCUUCUCCCACAGCACAGUAUGGUCGCUCCAUUUGAGCUGCAGAACCGCGCGCUCGUUCUGCCCUCAGGUGUGGAUCCUAGGCAGCCAGGCAGCGGCUUUUGUGCUGAGUGCAUGAUGCGUGACGAAGAUAUGGCCGAUGUGACGGUCAACAGGCCUGAUGUGUGGGAACGGGCCAGUGAUGCCGACUUCCACGAAGCUAUCGAAGCGGAACAACAGAUCCGUGUCAAGCAUGCAGGCGACAUCUCCAAGAUGCCUGCUUUCUUGUCAUUGACGGCUAUCAAAGUGCAGAACAUUGCUCAUGGCAUAACCCUUUCGCAGGCGAAUCUCCGCGAGCAUACGGCACUCGCACGGCUGUCGCCAUCCGCGAAGGCCCGCUCGGUCUUCAUGUUUGUGCAGCAGCAGCGCCGCAUCCUAGGCAUCGACGACGACGAGCCACUCGCGUCGUGCACAACGAGCAGCAGUGCGCCUACAUCGCCACGAGCCAAGACUAGCGGCCCGUUGGCACCGCCAGCAGUUGCUUCUGGCGUUGCUGUCCCGCCCUCGGCACCCGCGCCCGCGUCUCGAUCCGUCGCUCAUGCUGCCGGAGUCACCACGGGCUCGGCUGCUGAUCCCACGACACCCACCACACCUGCGCGCCGUGCAACGUCCUCACGCCCAAAGACGCCUUCUACAGCGACGUCGCCACCUCGGUCCAAAGCACAUUCAUCCCGUUCACCACACAUGCCUGGCGCCUCCCUCCCCGCCGAGGCGCCCGCAUCAGGACGCCGCACUCGCUCUCGAAGUGAGCCUAGGCCCGUGACGCCCAAACCUGCUGUGACUGGACCGACGCCCUCCCGAUCUGCCACACCCACUCGCGCUAGGUCGCCAACCCAUGCCAAGUCGCCCUCACGUGCUGCUUCGCCGUCAACAAGAGCCGCUUCUCCCGAGCAUGUCGUUGCUUCUCCUUUGGCCCGGACUGCGUCGCCAACAACACGCGCCACGCCACCGCCUCGUACUACAUCGCCAACGCGUGCGGCAGAGGCGUUACGUGCCGCCGCUCCCCCCAAUCGCCCUGUCAUGCUAACACAACCCAACUCGCCAUCCCACGUGCCAUUGCCCCCUACAGCACCGAUGGUCUAUACACAAGAGCCGUUGUACUUCUCACCCACCUCUGGGCCUAAGGUACUCGCGGGAUUCCCGCGUGCGCCUGCCGUUCAGCCCGUCGCUGACCCAGGGUCUGCGCCCGCCGCCCCACAUGUGCUUGCACCUGCCCCUGUAUUUGCGCCUGCACCUGUGCCUAUGCCUGCGCCGGCGCCUGUGUCCAUGCCCGCCGCCCAUGCUGAUUCGUCUGGUCAGGACGACUCUGUGGUCAUGCCUAGCAGCGACAAGUCGCUUGACGAAGAGCAGGACGGCGUGCGUCGACGUACGUCGCAGUCGCAGUCCCUGCGUGGCCUGUUCCGCAAGAUGACUCAUCGCACGGAAGAUUCGGACGGCACGCCCUCUCGUAAGGCCAAGCAGUCAGAUCAGAAUGCGGACACGUCCAUGGGUGAAGAGGAAGACACACAUCGCUCAUUCUGGAAGCGAUUCACUCGUUCUCCAAAGUCUUCUUCUUCGCACAAGUCUUCUCGUUUCCAUGCUGCGCACACAUCGCCUCCUCCGCCCGUGCCGCCCAUUCCUUCCAACGAGACUCGCUGA